GACUUUUUGUCAAUCGCCGAUGUAGCCAUUUGUGCUAUGGCCUUGUUGAGUUUGCUUCUGCUACCGAAGCAAAGGAGGCACUGGAAAAGAAGAAUGGUGAAUAUAUGCACGAUUAUAAGAUUCUUCUUAAAGUCGCUAAGACAGCUUCACAACCAAAGUACUGCAUAGAUCACAAGGUUUGCUACAAAGACUACCUUCGACGAGAAAGCCUUCCGAUAGAAGAAAAUGAGACACCUCCCGAUUUUGUUGAGGAAGUACUCUUUGUUGCGAAUCUCUCUCCCCAAACUAAUAUAUCAGAUAUCAUGUAUUUCUUCAAAGAUGUUGGAGAAGUUGUUAGUGUUCGACUUAUUGUAAACCACGAGGGUAAGCAUGUGGGCUAUGCCUUUGUUGACUUUGCUUCUGCUUACCAAGCAAAAACGGCGCUGGAGAGAAAGAAUGGCGAAUAUUUGCACGAUCAUCAGAUGUUUCUUGAAGUGGCUAAGACAGCUCCAGACCCUCCACGAUCCACGUACAACCUUGCAGAGAAGCUUUGUUACGAAGAUUACCUUCAUCGACAAAACUUUGUGAUAGAAGAAGAUGAGACAGUGGAAGGACAUGAUGAAACUCCCGAUUUUGUUGAGGCUGUUGCUGUAAGAAACAAGACGCUCUUUGUUGCCAAUCUCUCUCCCCAAACUGAAAUAUCACAUAUCAUCAAUUUUUUCAAAGAUGUUGGAGAAGUUGUUCAUGUUCGACUUAUAGUAGACUACACGGGCAAGCAUGUGGGUGAUGGCUUCGUUGAGUUUGCUUCCUCUAACGAAUCAGAGGAGGCACUGGAAAAGAAGAAUGGUGAAUAUAUGCACAAUCAUAAGAUCUUUCUUCAUGUGGCUGAAAAAGCUCCAUACCCUCUACGACCCGAGUAUUGCAUAGAUCACAAGAUUUGGUAUGAAGACUACUUGCGACGAGAAAGCCUUCUGAUAGAAGAAGAUGAGGCAGUAGACGGACUUGAUUGGAUUCUUGAUUUUAUUGAGGAAGUUGCCGCAAGAAAAAGGACGCUAUUUGUUAACAACAUCCCUUUCAAAGCUAAAAUAUCACAUAUCAUCAAGUUCUUCAAAUAUGUUGGACAAGUUGUUCGUUUUCGACUUAUUGUAGACCACAGGGGUGAGCAUGUGUGUUGUGGCUUUGUUGAGUUUGCUUCUGCUAACGAAGUAGAAAAGGCGCUGGAAAAAAAGAAGUAUGGUGCACGUUUGCAUGGUGAUAAGAUUUUUCUUGACGAAGCUAAGCUAGCUCCAUACCCUCUCCGACCCAAGUACAACCUUGCAGAGAAACUUUGGUAAGGGAUUUAACUGGGUGCCUUUUGAGUUUUGUUAUCAAGAGCACAUUGGGCGGCAUUUUUGGUAUACAUGGAGAGAUCACUAGGUUUUUGAUAUUCCAGGUCGAAGGUAGAAAGCCAUUUGAUAGAAGAAGAAGAAGAAGAUGAAGAAGAAGAAGAUGAAGAGGAAGAAGAAGAA